AUGGGCCAAGAGGCGGCCGGCACAGAAGAGGACGACCUCAAGCUCGCCCAGCGGCUGACCUUGGAGUCCGAGACCGACGCACGCGCCAGAUGGGAUGCCCUGAGCGACAAUGCGCUGCUCGACGAGAUCGCCGCCUACAAGCGCGCUCUGAAGAGCGUGGCUGCGGUCACGGGCAGGCAGAUUCCCCAUGCUGGGGGCCUGAAGGGCGGGGAGGGCGUGGGGCCCGGCGGCGAUCGCGUCAAGUACUACGAGGUCCCGGUGGACAAAGUGGAUCCCGUGGAGUGGGAGGUGCCCGAGCACUGCGUGCCCAUUCGCGCGGACGUGACUUCGUACGAUUGGGGGCCGCUCUGCGAUGCGGUGCAAUUUGACGUUAUCAUGAUGGAUCCUCCCUGGCUGCUGGCGACCAACAAUCCUACAAGGGGAGUGUCGCUGGGGUACGGUCAGCUGACUUCGAAGGAUAUCCAGAAUCUGCCCAUUAGGCGGCUGCAGGGGGAUGGGCUGCUGUUGAUGUGGGUGAUCAACUCAAGCUAUGGGUUCGCGAUGGAGCUGUUCGACCGGUGGGGGUACGAGGUGGUGGACGAGGUCGUGUGGGUGAAGCAGACGGUGAACCGGCGGCUGGCCAAGAGCCACGGGUUCUACCUGCAGCAUGCAAAGGAGGUCUGCCUUGUGGGGAUGCGUGGCAAGGGCCCCAAGAAUCUUGUCCCUGGUGCCGGGAGCGACAUCAUCCUCAGCCAGCGGCGUGGCCAGAGCCAGAAACCUGUCGAGAUCUACGAGCUGGUGGAGGCGCUGGUGCCUGGGGGCACCUACCUGGAGAUCUUUGCCAGGAAGAACAACUUGAGGGACUACUGGGUGUCGGUCGGCAACGAGUUGUGCGAGCCCAAAGGGGAGAAAGGCAGUGGGGUGCUUGCUGUGCGGGCAUGA